CCAUAAGAUCCAUCACAUCUACAACACACAUCCCAGUGGUUUAGUUCACAGCCUAUAUUGCCAUUCCAGUCUCUCAGUUUCUCCCAUCUUAAAACUCUCUUUCAUACAAGCAAAAAUGAAGCUUGUUUUUGCAGCUUUGCUUAUUGUUUCACUGGUUCUGAGCUCCUCCUUCUUCCAAGCCACCAUGGCGCAGGCUACCCCCCCAAGUGGUUAUCCCUGCGAUUCCAAGUGCACAGACAGGUGCUCCACGGCAGGAGAAAAGAAACGUUGCCUGACAGACUGCGGGAUCUGCUGCAACAAGUGCAAAUGUGUUCCGUCAGGGACUUUCGGAAACAAGUCAGAGUGCCCUUGUUACAGAGACAUGCUCAACUCCAAGGGCACAUCCAAGUGCCCUUAGAGAGAGAGAUACUUGUUCACUCCCCCCAUUUCCCCACCUGUCUCUUACUUUCAUCUUAGUUCUAGCUAGCUAUUGAUUGAUUGUUUAAUAAGUUUCGGUUAGUAAUAAGGAAGUGCUUUUUCUCA